AUGCCACCCAAGCGGAAGCGCUCUGGCGACGAAGAGAAUGAAAAUACUGAGAUUGAACCACGCAAGCGCUAUGCUUACCUGAAGCCGAGCGUGCGUCGCAUCCCCGAGAAAACCAUCAAGGCGAAAUGGACCACCCUACCGGAGCCGGUUCAGGAUAAGGUCCGGGACCUGUUUCAUUCGCUCGAGCGCCCGGUGAUUGUACGCCAGCAGAAUGAGCGAAAGCGCAUUGAGGCGCAGAGUGCGGUCCGGGCUGUGGUGCACAACCUAGGCAAACGUAUUCCUCGAAUGCCUUUUCCGCCUAUUACGAAAGACUCGAACUUCGACUACGAGUCUGCACUCGAUGAACAUCGUACCCUUGAAGCCAGCCUGGCCACGAUUAAUGAUAGCACCGAUCUACUGAAAACCGAAAUCGCGAAAGAAGAAGCACUCCUCACCGACGAGAAAAAGUCACUAGAAGAGAUGGACAAGAAUGCCAAGCGAGCGGAGGCUGAGAGGAAGAGGCAGAUGAAGAAUGAACAUCCUGUCUUGCGCCAGCUAGACGACCUACCCCAAACCCAGCGCCAAGCUGCCUUUGAUUUUACACUUUUGGACGCUAUGAAUAGUGAAGCAGCCCUGGAUGAGUUGGAUGAUGACCCUGAGAUCCAGGGGCUGAUGAAGCAACUGCAUAGCCAUCUCCAAUCGAUGCAGAGCAACUUUGCACCGCUGGCUGGACUCAGGGAAGCAAUCACCCGGUCGCAAGCCGCAUUGGACCUCUACUCAGCCCCGAAUGACUGA